CAGGUAUCCAUAACGAUGGCAGCAAACAAGGAAGCAGUAGUGAUUCUUCUUGAUGUUGGACCAGGGAUGAAUGAUGGUGAAGAAGAUGGUCCUACAUCAUUACAACAAGCAAAAGCUUGUAUUGGAAUGAUUCUUCAGAGGAGAAUAUUUUCAGAAUCGAAAGAUGAGUUUGCUCUUGUGCUUCUGGGUACUCAAGAAACAGCAAAUAAUCUGGCUGACACUGAAAGUGGAGAAUACUGUCACAUUACAGUUGCACGAAAUCUGAAGCAGGCAGACUGGAAACUUUUGCAGUUUGUACAAGAUAUCGAAGUAAGCAUGGUAUCGGCGGAUUUUGUCGAUGGAAUUGUUAUUGGAAUGGAUGUCCUCAUGCAUCAGACACAAGGACAGAAAUUUGCUGGGCAACGGUUGUUACUAUUUUCUAACUUUUCCAGCGAGUACUCUCCUGACCAGGUUGAUAUAAUCAUCAGUGGGAUCAAGAAAACAGGGAUGGAAUUAAAUGUUAUUGGUCCGACAUCUCUUGGUAGUGGCAACAAGGAGGAUGAAGACAGUCGUGAAGACCAAAAUCAAAAUCAUCUUCAUGAUCAGAAACCUAAAACUACACAACAGCUUGCAGGAGAAGCUUUACUCCAAAGGAUAUUGGAUGAAACAAACGGAGAAGCUUACUCUUUCAGUGAAGCUCUACCUGCCCUCACUAAUUACCAGAAGAAAAAUAUCCAGUCAGCUGGUUGGAAUAGCCCUCUCGAGAUUGCAGGAAAUUUAAGAAUUCCAGUUACUGGCUAUAUUAAGGCAUCUGAGUUUAAGCUUAAAUCAUGGAAAACAGCAUGUGCUCAGAGGCCAGAAGUUAAAGUUUUGAGGGAAACAACCUACCAUAUGAAUGACGAAGCCCAGACAGAAGUCCCUAAACAAGAUACUAUACCUGCAUAUCGAUAUGGGACUACUUUGGUUCCUUUUUCUGAGGAGGAUAAAGUUAACAUGGAGUAUAAGACAGGAGAUAAAGGACUGAAGGUUCUAGGCUUUACAAAACAGGACUACGUUAGACAACAUUGGUUGUUGGGAGACAAGACAAUGUAUAUUGUUGGAAAAAAGGACCAGCAGUCAGCACAGGUAGCUCUUUCGGCCUUCAUUCGUGCUCUGUACGAGACAAGUAUGGUGGCAAUAGUUAGAUAUGCCUACUCUGCACGAAGUUCUCCAAGGAUUGGGUUUCUGUCCCCAAGAAUCAAACCUGGCUAUGAGUGUCUGGUUUUUAUCCAACUUCCGUUUAUGGAAGACCUCAGACGAUUCAUAUUUGCUCCACUUGACCUUAACAAAAAAAACAUACCAACGGCUGAUCAGUUAAAAGCAGUCGAUGAACUGAUCGAUUCAAUGGACCUCACUACUGCAAAUGUUGGAGAGGAUGGUGCACGAGAGGAAGCACUGAAAGCUCAAGAAGUUGUUAACCCCUAUAUUCAAAGACUCUACCAGCUGGUUCUAGCACCACUUUCAGACGUUCUGGGACCUCAGGAAGAGGUUCUUCAGGAUGAAACACACGAUGUUGCAUGCACUAAAGUACAAACCAAAUAA